AUGCCAACGGUUUCUCAUUUUUCGCUAAAAAGACUUAAAGUAAAGCCUAAGAAGACUUACAAUAUCCAUCCAUGUACUGCCGAAAUGGCUGCUAUGCUCGGAUGCUGGGCAAGUCACGGAAAUAAACCUGAUAAUGUACUUUGCGAAGCCUUUGCAAAUGCAUUGAAAAAGUGCAUGGAAAAGAAGAUUCAAAAAACUAAACCAGUAAAUACUAUUAACUAUCAUCUUGCCCGUCUCAAAAAAUUGUUAUAA